AUGUACUCACUACCGACCCCAGCCGUUCUGCAGCGAACGCGUGAGUAUGGAACCAGGUUCUUUCACCGCUUCGGAAUUCACUGUGCGACUCAUCAGAUACGACUAAUUCUCGUGUCCUCCGUCGUUAUUACUUCACUCUUGUUCCCGGCCAUCGCUGUCUACUCGUCGCCAGAAACACGCUUCUUCGCCGGCUUCACUCUCCGUGUUCUCGACUCGUUCUCGACCUCCGACGAUUUGUCGCGAUAUUUUGACCAUCAUGAUCUCCGCAACCUGUGGGAAGGUCACAGCACUCUCCGCAUCCGCGAGGAUUCCGUGGCCAGGGCGCAAUGUGGUGUACAAGGAAUCUUGCGCUCAGAACGAGUGUUGGUCGGCAGCAUAUCGCCUGAUUAUGGCCUGGAGGCUGUGGAGCCCGGCACCCUAGCUUCCGCGCUCAGGCUUGAGAAACGGCUUUCGGGACUCAUCACAUCGCGAGGUCUUCCCUGCGUCAAGACAAGUGCCGGUUCAUGCUUUUCACUCAGUCCAUCAGUCUUCUGGGAUCAUAGCGAGGAGUCAAUUCUUGCGGACGACAAUGUCUUGGAAACGGUCAAUUCAGCUCGCAACGUCUCGAAUGCCGGUAUAUCUAUCAACCCAGAGAUUCUGCUGGCUGGUCGAGAGCUCCGCGACCCUACAGGCCCACACAUAGACGGGGCCAUGUUCUUGGCUCUCACGUACUUCUUCCGCGAUCGAGACUGUCUUGACAACACUGGCCACUUCCAAUGGCUGAGAGUGCUCGAGGAGGCAGCCGGACAUGCAGGUGACCUGGUUGUACAGGCUCAAGCACCGAAGCUGGUUGCCCUUGAGUAUGAUAAGAAUGUUUCAACACGAAGUCGCAUCACUAUCCUGUCUGCGUUCUGUUAUGCAGCCUAUCUUACCUUCUUCGUAUACUGUGCUCAAUCAUUGAGGCGCAUGGUCACCGUCCAUUCACGCUUUGGUCUCGCACUGACAGGUUUGGUUGAACUCUUGGUCAGCACUAUCACCAGUUUGAGUGUCUGUGCCCUUGUGGGCUUCAGGAUGACUAUGGUCCCAUGGGAGUUAUUUCCGAUCAUUGUUAUAUUCAUUGGGGUCGAAAAUAUGUUCCAUAUUGUGGAUGCGGUUCUCAAGACACCCGUCACUGUUCCCGUGAAGGAGCGGAUUGCGCAGGGUCUGAGUCAAGCAGGGACUUCAAACACUCUGAAGGUCGUGUCAUACAACGCAGUACUCGGUGUCAUUGCAUUCUUUUCUACUGGUGCUAUCCGCCAAUUUUGUGCCUUUUCGAUUGUCGUGCUCGUCGCGCAUUGGUUCUUGGUGCACACAUUCUUUGUGACUGUCUUAUCAAUCGAUAUACAACGUCUCGAGCUGGACGAGCUACUCCGUCAGGAUAGCCUGGGUCCUUCUGAUUCCUCAAAGCCUGCUACUGCGACGAAAGUCCUCCCGCCUCCCAGAACAUGGAGUCAGGCUAUCACGGCUACACAGAAUGCCAUCAAGGGUCGCCCAGCCAAGAACAUAAGUUUUUUUCUUUUGCUGGCAAUUACAGCGACACUGUAUUUUGCGACAUCUCCCGUGUCGGUACCUUACAGAGAAGAUACAAGAAGCGCAUACCAGCGACACCUCCUUGCGAAUGUACAUAAGAUAUCUUCUGCCGACAGGAUUUCUCCCGCGUUCCGUAUAUGGCAAAUGCUCAAUCCUUCUGAUGAUGCCCUCAUCCACAUUCGCGUCGAGUCACCGACAAUCCUUGUUUUGGCACCCGAAGAGGACGCUGACACAAACCCAGUACCGGUCAUAGACCAAGAGAAAGCCUUCCGACCCCGCGUCUCCCGCCUAGGCCGUCUGUGGAACCGUCUGUUCAGACAUGUGUGGUGGCUGACCAAGUACAUGGUGCUUCCCAUCACGGCUACGACGGUCUUGCUCUACGGCCUGCUGCUCUACUUGCUGAAGAAUGUCGAGCUGCUCGAGACACAGCGACAACGUCCGGGUCCAGACCACGACAGCUCCGAUGAGUCGUCAUCUGUGGAGGGUGAGGUAUCUUUCACGACACUUCCUCGAGCAUCCCCUACCGAUGUGGAUGCAAUCGCGUCCAGCAAAGAUGGCAAGGUGGUAGCGACCUUGGGGCUGCAGAACGAAGUUGUCGUUUGGCGGACCACGACCCGCGCAUAUAUGACCGUCGAUACGUCUAACAUCCUGCUAAGCAGUGCAAGCACGCCUACGGCAGCGACAACGCUCACGACUCUCGCGGUUCACCCGUCGGGGACGGUCUGUGCCGCAGGUACCGGCUCCGGUGUCAUUGGUGUCUGGACCAUUUACCAGGACCAGGCCAAGCGUCUGACCGAGUUGACAAUCUCGGAUCACACGUCAGGAGCUGGCGUUGCUGCACUUUACUUCGCUCAACCCCAGCUUCGUCCGCCAUCACCCAUGCGCCCACUUACGCCUUCGCCUUCUCCAUCAGACAGGCGGUCGUCGCAAAGCCCUAUCGUAUUGUAUGCGACAUAUGACAAUGGGUCAGUGGUGAGGUGGGAGGUUGAGGCCGAUAGCAAAUGCAGCGCGCGGUAUGUCGCCCCGACGAGGUCUGGAUCCGUGGUCAAAUCGAUGCUCCUGCCUGUACACGGAGAUGACCGCUUACUGGUCGGCUUCUCUCUGGACGACGGCACAUUCGAGCUCUGCGAUAUCAACCGGCCAGACCAGCUUAUAGCCAAAGAGUGUUGGAUUGCGGCCGGCAAUCCUCAGGACCUUGUUUGCGCAGUUGACGUAUGCAAUCUCCAGCUCGACGGCAAGCGUUACAUAGUAAUUUGUGCAGCCACACAAGCGGGGGUUGUCUCGCUAUGGGACGCGGGCACUCGGGAUUGUCUGUUCAUCAUGGACGAGCCAUUCGGAGAGGUCAACCAGCUGCGAGUGACAGCCGUGCCCCUGACUAGCUGUCUGGUCUGUGGGGAACUCCCAUGUGAGAACUUCCUGGUGUCCUUCUCGGUCGGCCAAGUCAUCCUGUUCUUCCGUGCCUACCUCUACCUUCCGACACGGCGAUGCUCGUGUCCGCGAAAUCAGCCUCAGAACAGUCUGCUAUCUAGCAGCCUUGGACAUCGGUCGCGCAGUGGGAGCAUGGCUUCGAUAGCAUCGUCGAACGGAAGCAAUACUCCAAAGCGUGCUCGCUCUAGGAACCCCUCCAUCUCAUCCAUCUCAUCCAUCUCAUCCACGUCUUCAGCUUUGGAGGCGCCGAUGUUCCCCGUCUCAGCGCACGGCGUUCAUUCGCGGAGAGCGUCCGAGAAGGAAAGUAUGCGUCGUACUCAUGACACCUUCUUCAUCAACUCCGACUGCGACGACGCUGAUCCGCGUCCGCUUGGACCUGUGGACGUCAACCCAAUUGCCGGGUUUCUCUCUGUGCAUCCUCCAACAUCGAUAUGGCAGAGUCUAAUUGUUGUCAGAGUGGCUGACGCCAUGUUUGAACGUGGCAGCUGGGAUGUUGUCGGGCAUCGGGUUGUUGGAAUACGCCGCAAGGCGCGUCCACAGUUCGUACAACGGCGCAAUGACCACAAGGUCGAACUGAAAGUGGAGUCGCCUCAUGGACUUAGCGCGUCCACCCUGGAGCGAUGGGAGCUAUGGACAUUUGACCCCGAUGAUUCUCGACUUCAAGCAUCGCCUCUCUCCGCCAUUAACCGUGACGUCCACGAGCGUGGUAUAAACAAGCGAAGGCGCGGUAUGUCCGUUACGGAGUCGUCCAAGGGUCAAGCCAGUCCUACGACAAAACGGAUCCAGCUUAUACCGCGACUGCAUUUUACCCGCGUCACACCGUUCGUCGGCAGCUCGACGAUGUGCAUGGCCGGAUUUGGGAACACGGUUGGCCUUUUUGACUUCGGUCUGCUCUCAAAUGCCCGCCGGCGUCGACUCUCCCUGGUGGAUGACACGCGCAAGAAGUCGAAUACAGACUAGCGAAUCACUCCGCACACUGCUCUUAGGUAUUUGCGUGUAUGUAUCGAUGAAAUUUAUCUACUGCACUGAGAUGUAUGUUACAUGUGUGUAUAGUUGGCUAUGCUGUAAUGGUGCUGGAUACUUAGACGAGCAAUCCUACUGGAUAGGUUACCCUG